AAUUAAUUAAUAUUAUUAAUAAAAUGAAAUUUCCCGGCCAACGGCCGGGUAAAAACUAGUGAAGAAUAAAAUGGAUGACUUGUAUGUACUUAACCCCACAUUUGCAAGUCUUGUCUACUCCUCCUCCCUCCCUCCGGGUCAAUGCAUAUUCUGUCAUUCUCAGCGAUCCACUGCUAUUUCUCUCAAGCUCCAAAUACAUUUCUGUAGCGUUAGUCCGAGUUCUCCAACUGAAGCGGCAAACGACAAUGGGCACUCAGAUUCCACCAUCCACCGCCAGGGAACCUAUUCGAUGCAAAGCCGCUGUUUGUCGCGAGGCGGGAGCGCCGCUGGUGAUGGAGGAGGUAAUGGUGGCUCCGCCGCGAGCGCACGAAGCUCGGAUUCGAAUCGUCUGCACGUCGCUUUGCCAGAGCGACAUCAAUUUGUGGAAGAGGAAGGAUUUCCCUGGGAUUACGCCCAGGAUUCUCGGCCACGAAGCGAUCGGGAUAGUGGAGAGCGUCGGAGCUGAAGUAACCGAGUUCAGCGAAGGCGACACAGUAAUCCCCGUCUUCCUUUCCGACUGCGGGGAAUGCUCGGGUUGCCGAUCGAAGAAGAGCAAUCUCUGCUCCAAGUUCCCGUUCAAGGUCUCUCCAUGGAUGCCGAGAGACGACACCAGCCGAUUCACGGACCUCGACGGGAACACUAUCUACCAUUUCCUCUCCGUCUCCAGCUUCAGCGAGUACACUGUUGUGGACGUCGCUCAUCUCACCAAGAUCGAUCCGGACGGCAUCCAGAUGAGCAGUGCGUGCCUGCUCAGUUGCGGCGUCUCCACUGGUGUGGGUGCUGCAUGGAGAACUGCUGAUGUCGAAGAAGGAUCGACGGUGGCGAUCUUUGGGCUGGGUUCAGUUGGAUUAGCGGUUGCUGAGGGUGCAAGGAUACGUGGUGCUGCUAGAAUCAUAGGCGUAGAUAUGAAGCCUGAGAAGUUUGAAAUUGGGAAAAAGUUUGGAAUCACAGAGUUUGUCAAUCCUGCAGAUUGUGGAGACAAACCCUUGAGCCAGGUGAUUAAUGAGAUGACAGAAGGAGGAGCAGACUAUUGCUUUGAAUGUGUUGGUCUGCCAUCCUUAAUGGAGGAAGCAUAUGCUUGUUGCCAAAAGGGAUGGGGGAAAACAGUUGUCCUGGGAGUUGCGAGACCAAUGUCCGAGAUGAAGCUCCAAUGCUUCGAUGUCCUUCGCUCUGGGAAAAUACUUACGGGGUCACUUUUUGGAGGUCUUAAACCCAAGUCUGAUAUUCCAAUUCUCUUAAAACAUUCUAUAGACAAGGAUCUUCAGCUAGAUAAAUUUGUGACUCAUGAAUUGGAUUUCAAAGAGAUCAACACAGCCUUCGAUCUGCUCAUCGAAGGCAAGUCUCUCCGUUGUGUCAUGUGGAUGGACAGGUAAGGCUUGAUUUUCACCAGUUCCUUUCUGCAACAAACUAUUUGUCUCAGUAAGUGAAUUUUUCAUACUUCCUACUUUUCAAACGUUUGUAAUAUGAUUGGUGAUGUUCAAAACAUGAAACGAAGCAACAGAAUAAAGCGUUUCCUAACCC